AUGGCCUACAAUGCCGUUGCUCAACUCGACCACGAAGUGGCUUCGAACUCUUCCGCUUCUGCAUCACGCAGCCCCUCGCCCGCCGGGCAUGCAUUUGAACAGCUGCCGCUUGAUACUGAUCACAUCGGGGGAGGAAGCCACCUACAACCUGCCAAAACCGCCGACACUACGAUAUGGUGGAGGACGAUGACUACGACGCUGAUCACCGGCGAUCCGACAGCCUUCGCCGCGUGCCUCCCCCUCAACACCGCGGUCGCGCGACAAUACUCUCCACUCGAAUCUCCGCUCCCAAGCGCACACAGCGAGGCUUCCGUGCCUCUGAGCCACCCGAUCCCGGAUCUGCAGUCGAUACAAGGCGCGUAUAUUGGCAAUGUUGAGAGAUUAGAACAGAGCGCGGAGCAACUGAGCUCGUGUUCUGCUGACAUUGGGAGUGAGAUUCGUCGGCUGGAUCAGGAGCAGAAGCAGCGCUCAUGCAGCUCCGCGGCUAAUUCUGUUGUCCUCCGCAACGGUGCGUUCUCACCGACCGGGACCAUUUCCUCCGCCCAUGGGUCCAACGUUUCCCCUGCACGCCUGCGCUCCGUUUCGGGGGCAUCGCAUCUUGCCCAAGUCUCGGAGCCCACACACCACGAACAUCACGAGAUUGAUGAAUUCCCCGGACACCCCGCCCUCCCACCCCCACAUUCUCCUUUCAACCCACAAAGCGAUUAUUAUUACGACCAGUAUGUUCCACAAGGCAUUCCUGCCGAGGCGGAGCUAGAGCGACGGGCCUCGGUCGCGUCAGUCGAUACUUUCCAGCAGGCGCGCACUUUGUUCAACGAUUUCGAUGGCGUACAUUUCACACCGCUGGAGCGUGGGGUAUCCGGUCGACAGGUCCCCUUGGACCGUCCGCCACUUGCCCGCAACCAGGAGUCAUACAAAGAGCCAAGGAUGGGAGAGGACAUGGUGACCAAUAUUGACCGCGACAAACGUCGAACGCAAAUUGCCGGUGCCAUCGCCGCCGAGGAUAGAAAACCCACCGUCCCUGCUGAGCAGCAAAGCCCAAGCAGCAGCCAGAACGAGAAGCGCAAAUCCACAGUGCCACCGCAUUUGCGCGCAAGUGUGUUCUUUGAACAACCGAGUUCGUCCCUCCACGUUCAGAUGAAGCAAAAUUCUGCGGUUGCAACCCUGGAGAGUAUUUUGGACGCAUCCGCCAAUGCACCUGUCUCAGCUUUCACCGAUCACCCUUACGCCGGCCAUCUCGCGUCUCAGGCGAACAAGUCUAAACAUAAGAGUUCGAAUUCCCGGGCCACUCUUGGUCAGCCCACCAGUGCCAGCGACGAAGUCGAGAACGACGAUGCUGUGACCGUGCACCAUCAAUCGGAAGCGGGGCCUGGGAACCAACAUGACCGUGACCAUGACCACGGUCACGAGUCGGGAAGCACGGGGUCGGAGACUGACGAGCAAUUGUCAGAAACUCACGACGAAGAUGAGGAGGAACUGGACUACGUCAGCCCACCAAACACUUUGCUCGCCGAGCUGGAGUUGCGAAAGCAUGAAUUGAAACACCGACGCCGCACCGCAGUCCCUGUACCAUUCCAAGGCAUGCAGACUACGUUGCUUCAGAUGGACGAGAAGGCCCAGCAGCAAAGUGACAAACGGCGACUGCGUCCGAUUGCCUUGGCCUGGGAAAGCCGAGACGACGACGAAGACGUUCCUCUAGGAAUGCUUUACCAGAACCAAGGGGCUCCCCACCCGGAGGAUCGCCCGUUGGGUUUGAUGGAGAAGCGACAACAGGAAGAAAACGAGCCACUGAGCUCGCGCAGGGCUAGGCUGCGGGGUGAACCCAUUCCGCAGCCGCAGCCACGCCCUACCACAGUCGAUAUGGGCCGUCCCCCAGACUCGGCUCCAGAUCCAGCUGCGGAUAGUGGGGACGAGAUCGAGACAAUGGCCGAGCGCCUCCAGCGAUUGAAAGGGCAUACUCGAUCGGAGAGCGUGUUCGCCAGUGAGCUAAUGGCUGAGAUCGAUACCCGGGCUGGCAUCGUGCCCACAAUCACCCAGACGGCACCAGAAAUCAACGAAGAAGAAACGCUAGCCCAGCGCCGCAGCCGUCUCCAGAAAGAAGCCGCUACCACGCUCGAGCCCCCUAAGCCACGGGUACGAAGAAGCAUGGCUGCGCUCACGCAAGGCCGCCCCUCUCAUCUCGCUCACCAACCUUCGCAUGAUUUCUUGGCCCAGCGACCCGUUACUAUGUCUCAAUACGGGCACCGUAUGUCCAUGCAGCAUUUCCCUUCAAAUGCAGGAUACCCGAUGGCGACCGGCUACCCAAUGGGGCAGCAAUAUGGUUACCCAGUUAUGCACCCGUCCGGCUAUCCCAAUAACCCUGCCAUGAUGGGCAUGUCAAUGGGCCACAACCCUAACAUGGCCCGGCACUCAGUUGCCCAACUUGAACCCGAUGUGAUCGACCGAUGGAGACAGAGCAUCCGUUGA